AUUUGCAGCCUUGCUCGUGACACUCUUUCUCAUCUGGGGAAUUCCCGUUCCUGUUCAGUUUAUGAUUGUGUGCAUAUGUAUGUCGUUUGGGACUAAUGAGGAAAAGGAGGUUCAGAGGAGGCUGAACAAAGUACCCGACAUAUAUCUUUUUCCAUAUGAUUAUGUACUUCCAUUUCGGCCCAUCGCUGAAAUCGCUGUGAAUCUCGGGACAAAAGGGUGAGCCGUGAGCAAUGGCCAAUCCGAGGCAACCCUGGUGUCUACCACCAGAGAGUUUAGAGGUAUGGUACAACGAAAAAUUGCAGGAGGGUACGGGCUCCUUCAAUUCGUACUGCCGCGAGGCGGUGGACAAUGUCGUCAGGGCCCUGCACCGCAUCUGCUCCACCGACCUUGUCCCGUUUGAUGUCGACCGAGUGAUCAAGAGUGGGUCCCUCGGGAAGGGCACAGUGGUCAAAGAGCUGUCGGACGUGGACCUUGUGGCGUUCGUCAACCCGCCCCACUUGCAGCCCAUCGUUGACGUCGGGCCGCAGACCUACAAGUACCAGCUGGACGUGGUGCUGCGGGACAUGGUGAGAGCCCUGAGGCAGUUACAGAAUGUGACGGAUAUCAACAACAAAGGCUUCCUGCUCAAGUUCAAGCUCACCAAUAUCGGCCCAAACCGAAGAUCUCUCAGCAUUGAUCUGAUGGCUACAUCGGACUGUCACCUGAGUGAUUCUCGUGCCAAAAGGAAGCUCUUCGAUGCCAUGCUCCAGCAGCGGGCCGAUGAUCGUCGCUACUACUCCCCCGCCGUGAUCGAGAACCAGCUGGAAUUCGUCAGGGAUCAGCCAGGCGCCUUGAAGGCCCUCAUCCGCCUGGUCAAGUACUGGGCCUACCAGCGUCUCCCCGACCACCUCCAGAAGUCGUACCGACUGGAGUUGAUCACCAUCCAUCGCUGGGAGAACGCUGGGAGCCCCUUACGUUUCAGUAAGGCCCAGGGGUUGAAGGACGUCCUGCAGGUGCUGAGCAACAUGUCGCAGCUUCAAGUGUAUUGGGAGCGACACUAUGACGCCUCAGUGGCAAAGAAAGCGAUCUCUCACUUCAAAAUGCAAAGGCCUAUUGUUCUCGACCCGUCAGAACCAACGGAUAACGUCUGCAAUCUUUACAUGGAAGGAAACAACCUGCAGUUGAUGCGAGCAGCCGCUACGACGACACUCCAAUCCCGACUGCUACAAAAUGUCUUCGUUCGACAGGGCUGGAAUUAGUGCCGAGUCUUCCCAGAGCCCUAAAAAUCCAUGACUACGAGCAUCAGUCAUGAAGAUCUACUUGUAGUCAUUUUUCAGUGCUUUAGUGAUUGUCCACUGAUAUCACGUGCUACUUUCAAAUACAUGUAUAAUGUAACACCAAAGAAAAUGUUGAAUGUGACACGUAUCUGCAAUAACAUUUUAAGUACGAACUCGAGAUUUUAGAGGAUCAGAAGGUAGUUUAUGUGCACGCUAUUUGAGAAGGAAAUACCUUCGAACCAGCGUUAGUGAAUUUUAAGCGUUCUGAAUGUGAACCCUCCAAUUUUGUCGGUAUAAAAGUUUAUGUACAUCGCAUACAGAAAAUGCUGAAAACAGUAAUCUAAGGACAUCACAAUGUGCAGGUAUUAAUGCUAUAAAAUUAUCAAGAAGGGCAGGGCCUGUAAUUACGUAUCAGAGGCCUAUGAUAAACGAAUAUCUCGCUGGAUCCCAGCUUUUCUGUUAAUAAGAUCUUGGAAAUGAUUCAAUGAUUUCAUACAUGCCCUUUGUCAUACCCCUUCUCGCACUUAGUAUUGCAGGUUCAAUAGAAAUCACUAUGGAGUAGUAUAUAACACUUAAAUCAUCCUGAAGCGUUAUAGAUGGAUAUGGGUUUAGUACCCAGCGUGAUAAAUUAAAAUGGGCAUUAUUCACAAGCCGCCAUAUUGCAUCGAAAGCAAGGUUGCCUUUUUCGUUUGGGAACCUAAGAAUAAAAAUUAAAGCAAUGAAAUAAAAGUUCAUUGCUAAUGAAUCUCAAAUGCUGAUUAAUCCUUUAAAAUUUGUGAUUAAACAUAUCUAAAUUUUAAAAAAUAUUUUCGAAUGAAAGGUUGGCCUGCAUGAUAGCCUCACGCCACCCUGUUUACCAGAUUACAUGUAUUAAGAUUGGAGGAACAUGAUCCAAUUUAAAAAGAAAUAUGAAUACGUCAGUUUAGUUGACCAAGUGUAAUAAUUAAGGAUCAGCAUAUGGAUCAAGCAAUGGCCAAGUAACGGGGAUAAGCAAGUAUUGGUCAUACACAUGGAGUAAAUCGUUCACCAGAGAAAGGGUUUGCAAGAACGUACCUAGCUAAGCAGAAGCUGUGGUGUUGUUUUGGUAAGUAUAAUAGCAGUUUGUACCUUACAUUGCCACACAGGUCUUUAAGCAUUAAAACUAUCGUGAGGAAUUUGUGUUCGAUGGGAAAGAAACCUUUCUACUGUUAGGCAGCCUCGCACUCUAUGCCCAAUUGUAAGUCUUUAUUCUUUGUUUUUCAGUGACAAGCAUGGAAAUGUUAUGAAUAUAUGUCGGUGUAAUGGCAAAACUCGUGAUUAAAAAUUAACUCCCAAACAGCUGUCUUCUUGGUUGAAAGUUUGGCGGAAAUUCCCCCUAAAAACGAGUUUCAACUGACUUUUUCAACUUUAAACUGAAAGAGCUGUGGAACUUUUUUUAAUAAUAUUUGCAGUUUUGAAUUACAGACACAUUUCAAAAUAAGACAAAUUUGCCAGUUAUUUUGUUAUAAACCGUGCUACUAAAUAAUUAAUAAUGUUAGAGCUAUGAACACGACUGUUGAAAUAAAUUCUGUUAUGUGA